UGGAAUUGGAAUUGAAGAGGGCAUGCACAAGAACACACAUACAUUGACCGAGAGAAACAGAAGCAGACAAAUUAAUUAAGGUGAAAGAGAGGAACGUGCAAAUUAGAAGCACGCAGUUUCCACCUAACUCCACCGCUGAAUUGGUUGGUUUGGUUUGCAAUAUAUCUGCCACCUAAAUGAGUCGCUCAUUCAAGGCUUUCAACAAACACCUCACUCUUCUUCCUCUCCAUCAUCAACGCACUCCUUCCCAUGCCUUCCUAGCUUCUCUCCCUCUCCUUUCCUACCCCAAGUCCUCUUUCUCUCUGUUUCGUCCACUUUCAUCAUCUGCACCUGCUACAUUAAUGGAGGUGGUCAAAGCAAUUGCUAAGCAAGAACCUACAGUUCAUGAAAGUGUUGCUAUCAGAGCUGAUCAGAAGAGUUAUAGUUACAAGCAACUCAUUUCGUCAGCACAGAAGAUAUCUAAUCUUUUGUGUGGCGGUGAUGUGCAAGUGGGAAAUCUCAGUGGAGCUCGAAUAGGAAUUGUAGCCAAACCCUCUGCUGAAUUUGUUGCUGGAAUACUUGGGAUUUGGCUUAGUGGAGGUGUUGCUGUUCCGCUUGCAAUCAGCUAUCCAGAAGUAGAGCUCCUAUAUGUGAUUCAUAAUUCGGAUGUAUCUGCAAUACUGAGUACUGAAGAUCAUAGUGAAUUAAUGCAAAGCGUAGCCAAUAAAAGCUCUUCUCAGUUUUUCCAUCUUCCACCUGUUCUCAACAAGUCUUUAGAGAAAAGCAGAGAUGAACAUUCACAGAAUGGGGAAAAUGGCACUGACAGAAUUUUCUUAGAUAAUAUUGGAAAAUUGAGUGAGGAUCCAGCACUGAUUUUAUACACUAGUGGGACUACAGGUAAACCUAAGGGAGUUGUUCAUACACACAAAAGCAUCUUUUCCCAGGUCCAAACUUUGACAAAAGCGUGGGAGUACACAUCUGCUGACCAGUUUCUGCAUUGUCUACCACUACAUCAUGUUCACGGGCUUUUCAAUGGUCUAAUGGCCCCUCUCUAUGCAGGUUCCACGGUUGAGUUUUUGCCAAAAUUUAGUGUGAGGGGAGUUUGGCAGAGAUGGCGUGAGUCAUAUCCAACUGAGGGUUCUAAGGCUGACGAUGCUAUUACUGUGUUCACUGGAGUUCCAACAAUCUAUGCCCGAUUGAUACAAGGUUAUCAUGCAAUGGAUCAUGAGCUACAAGCUGCUUCGGCAUCUGCUGCAAAGAACUUGCGACUUAUGAUGUGUGGGUCCUCUGCGCUUCCUCAACCUGUUAUGCAAGAAUGGGAAGCCAUCACUGGGCAUCGCUUAUUGGAACGAUAUGGCAUGACUGAAUUUGUUAUGGCAUUGUCAAAUCCAUUGAAAGGUGAGCGCAAGCCAGGAACCGUUGGCAAACCAUUUCCUGGUAUACAGAUCAAGAUUAUUGCAGAUGAAGAUGCCGGUGUGAAUGAAAGUACUGGAACCGGUGAGCUUUGUGUAAAAAGCCCUUCAUUGUUUAAAGAAUAUUGGAAGCUUCCUGAGGUGACGAAGGAAUCAUUUACUGAUGAUGGAUUCUUUAAGACCGGAGAUGCAGUUACUACAGAUGAAGAUGGAUAUUACAUCAUUCUAGGACGUACUAAUGCUGAUAUAAUCAAGGCUGGUGGCUAUAAGCUGUCUGCAUUAGAAAUUGAAUCAGUAAUAAUAGAGCAUCCAGCUGUAGCGGAAUGUUGCGUUUUAGGCUUACCAGACAAAGACUAUGGAGAGAUUGUUGGUGCAAUCAUUGUGCCACAGGUUGAUGUUAAACGGAAGCGAGAUCAAGAGUCAAAGCCUGUUUUAAGCCUAGAAGAAUUGUCCACGUGGGCCAAAGACAGAAUUGCACCUUACAAGAUUCCUACUCAACUAAUCGUGUGGGACUCACUCCCUCGCAAUGCCAUGGGGAAGGUAAAUAAAAAAGAGCUGAAGAAGCUGCUGAUUUGAGAACAGUGAACAUCAUAUGAAAAAUAUUUACUCAUUUAUCAAGUUAAUUAUUGAAACUAGUUUUAAGAUGGUGGCAAUCUGAAAUCAAAUUGCACCAAUUAUUGUAUUAUUUAAAUAGAAAGCUUUAUAUUGUGGCAUUUAUCAAGUUCAAUAAGUUUUAGCAUAUUGUUAGCGGAAGAUAAAGGAGAAAAUAUAGCAUAAGUUUAACAUUUUAGCUUUAUGAAGGUGAUUGAUUAAAUGUUUGUAAUGAAAAACAUAUAUUUAUUAUUACAUUAGUAAUGAAAAUGUUUAAUAUUUAUUUCAUU